AUGAUGCAGAGCGACGAAUCAGAGAACGAAAGGGAAAAAGAAAACUACAACAACAUCCUGUAUGAUGGGAAUCUGAAGGACGAAAUCGACUACUACGAUGAAAAUUUGCCACACAUAAACUUUUAUUUAAAGUUUCAGAAAAAAAACUUUUUGGAAAAAUUUCUGCAAGAGGUUAUGAUAUCAAAUAAAAAGGACUCAGAUGUAGAGAAAGAAGUAGAGAGUGGAAAAAAUUUCCACAUUUGCAAUGAUGAAGUAAGAAGUUGCGUGAACCCAAUAGAGGUGGAGGUGCCAAAAAAAGAGAAUACUACCACUUUAAGGGAUAUGCAUAAUCAUGAAAAUGAAGUAACUCAGUUGUACACGGAAGAGGGGUUUGGGGGUUUAUGCAAGAGUAAUCAGAUGAGAGAUGCAUGCAAGAGUAAUCAGAUGAGAGAUGCAUGCAAGAGUAAUCAGUUGAGAGAUGCAGAUACUUUGGAAAUUUUAAAUGAUGGUGGAUUUUACUUGGAAGAAAAUUCAGAGAUGGAUUAUACACAGUCAUCUAUUUCUCACUGUAAGGAACAGGGUUCCGAUUUUUCAAUUCCCCAUUUGGUUGAACCGAGAGGAGAACAAAUUUUGCAAGAUUCUGAAUUAAGCGAAUCCUUGUUGAAGUUAAAAAUGUCAUGUAUUGAAUCAGAUGCAAAUGGAGAUUUGAUUCAUCUAAACGAAAAUGAUGAAAUUGUAAAAAGAAUAAACAAAGUUUUUCAAAAAAACAAAGACAAAUUUAUUUUUAGUAUUGAACGUAAUAUAGAAAAUAGUGCAGAAAUUAUAUUACAAGAAUAUUGUUUCUUAUGUAAUAAAAAAAAAAAAUUAAAUAAAAUUUUAAGUGUUAUUAACAUAUACAUUUGUUACGAUUGCAAAAUACUUGAUAGUAAUUUUAGGAUGAUUUCUCUCACGAAAUUAGUCAAUAAAUAUUCUCUAAAUACUUAUGACAUGUCUAAGUAUGAAAAGCAUUUAGCCCUUUUAUGCACCAAAAAUCCACGUGGUUAUUCUAAACAGAUGAAACUUUAUUUUUUAUUUCAAAUUAAAGAAGUAGCUAUACGAAAACAUGGAUCUAUGGAAAAAGUUAAAUCCUUGUACAUGUCCAAAAUUUUGAACUCAUUAAAAAAUGCUCAUGGUACUACUGCAUCUGCUUCUAGAAAACGCAAAAAUUUACAUAAAUUCGCGAAACCGAAAAGUAUUUAUAGCCAGAAAAUGAACACAUCGCAGGUGCAAAAAAUUAUUUGUGAUGAUAAUCAACACGAGUUUGAUUCACCUCAGUGCACUAGUCAAGAGGACGGCCUUUACUUGAAAGUGUGUAAGAAGUGCACUUAUCAAGUUGAAUAUAUGCAGUUUUGA